AAAAAUCUACAGCUGCGUAGGUCAGACCUCAAAUAACUACACACGGCGUCCAUACUUCCAGAAGAAUGCUUCUGAGAAGUGCUUCGACUCCCCUUCUCAAUUCAUGGUUACACCAUUCCAGAGAUUCAUCUGUAGAGACCGAGAUUGUGCACCACAUCCCAAAAUCGCGUUCCAUUGUCUUCUCUGGUUCGCCUAGUUGCUUAUCUCCGAUAAUUGACGAUUCUCCCCGGAGGAUUACUCGGGCGCUUUCCGAGACGGAUCUUCGGGACCUGUCCGUGUCUAGGACGAAACCCUUUAGCAGAACUCUGAGUGGGUUUUCUGAGUUGGCCGAAGAGACAGAUGCGGUAGGGUUUAGCCCCUCCGAAAUGACGUCUUUGAGCUGUGGGUCGAUUUCGGAAACGGGAGAUGGUGAUGGUAGGUUUGUUAAUGUUCUUGUUGGAGGUGGAGUUGGUGCUAGUGGUGGAAGUAUCCAUGGUGGCGGAGGCGGAUCCGACGGUGGCGAUGAUGGGAGUUUUGGGUUUGGAGAUUCGAAUCAUGGGAAUGAGAGUACGGAUCUGUACUAUCAGAAAAUGAUCGAGGCAAAUCCUGGGAAUUCAAUGCUUUUGAGCAAUUAUGCUCGCUUCUUGAAAGAGGUUCGUGGGGAUCUUGUAAAAGCUCAAGAGUAUUGUGGGAGAGCAAUUUUGAGCAAUCCGGGUGAUGGUAAUGUAUUGUCCAUGUACGCUGACUUGAUAUGGGAAACUCAAAAGGACUCUCCAAGAGCCGAGAGUUACCAUAAUCAGGCUGUUAAAGCUGCCCCUGAAGACUGCAGUUAUGUUCUAGCAUCUUACGCACGCUUCCUUUGGGAUGCUGAAGAAGAGGAAGAAGAACAAGAAGAACAAGAAGAAGAGAGUCUUAGAGAAGAACCAGCAACGAGGUUCUUCCAAGGAGUUCACCCUCCGCCGCCUAUUGCUGCUGCUUCUUAGUUAGUUCUUAGACUUCUUUUGGCUUCAUUUCUUUUGUGCUAUAGCUUCGAAGAUAACAGCUCUGGACCCUGUUUAUAUUCCCUUCUUGGCCUUAGUAUUGAUAUCAUCCAUAGAUAUUGAAUUUCCCCCUAUGGAGUGAAAGUUGUAGAAAGGAAAUAAGAUAUAUGUUAGCUUAAUACUUCGCGAGUACUCUAUAUCUGUUGUUACUGUGCUG